AUGGCCCUGGUGCUCACCCUCCAGCUGCUGACUCUCUGGCCUCUGUGUCACGCAGACAUCACUCCAUCUGUCCCCCCAGCUUCAUACCCCAAGCCAUGGCUAGGGGCUCAGCCGGCUGCAGUUGUGACCCCUGGGGUCAAUGUGACCCUGAGGUGCCGAGCUCCUGAAGUUGCCUGGAGGUUUGCACUUUUCAAGCCUGGAGAGAUAGGCCCCCUGCUCUUCAGGGAUGUGUCCUCAGAGCUGGCAGAGUUCUUCUUGGAGGAGGUGACUCCGGCCCAAGGAGGCAGUUACCGCUGCUGCUACCGGAGGCCUGACUGGAAGCCAGGUGUCUGGUCCCAGCCCAGUGAUGACCUGGAACUGCUGGUGACAGACCAGCUGCCGCGGCCGUCGCUGGUGGCGCUGCCCGGCCCGGUGGUGGCGCGCGGCGCCAACGUGAGCCUGCGCUGCGCCGGCCGCGUGCGGGGCAUGAGCUUCGCGCUGUACCGCGUGGGCGCCGCGGCCCCGCUGCAGUACCGCGACUCGGCGCAGCCCUGGGCCGACUUCCCGCUGCUCGGCGCGCGCGCCCCCGGCACCUACAGCUGCUACUACCACACGCCCUCCGCCCCCUACGUGCUGUCGCAGCGCAGCGAGCCGCUGGUCAUCAGCUCGGAAGACUCUGGCUUCUCGGACUACACCCGCGGGAACCUCGUUCGCCUGGGGCUGGCCGGCCUGGUCCUCAUCUCCCUGGGUGUGUUGGUGGCGUUCGAUUGGCGCAGCCAGAACCGCGCGCCUGGCGGCGUUGGGCCCUGA